CACCCCUCGCACGCAGCCACUCGCCGGGAGUCUGCGCCUUUCGUCACCUUCGAUGUGGCUUCCGCGAGGAGCCAUGGCUACUUUCCGCCUGGCCCUCGUCCAGCUUCGCGUCUCCUCCGUCAAGUCCGACAACGUCACCCGCGCGUGUGCACUCGUCCGGGAGGCCGCCAAACAGGGAGCCAAAAUCGUCUCCCUGCCGGAGUGCUUUAAUUCUCCAUAUGGCACGAAAUAUUUUCCUGAAUAUGCAGAGAAAAUUCCUGGUGAAUCUACACAGAAGCUUUCUGAAGUAGCAAAAGAAUGCAACAUAUAUCUCAUUGGAGGCUCCAUCCCUGAAGAGGAUUCUGGGAAAUUAUAUAACACCUGUGCUGUAUUUGGGCCUGAUGGAACUUUGCUAGUAAAGCACAGGAAGAUCCACCUGUUUGACAUUGAUGUUCCUGGGAAAAUUACAUUUCAAGAAUCUAAAACAUUGAGUCCUGGUGAUAGUUUCUCCACGUUUGAUACUCCUUACUGCAAAGUGGGCCUGGGCAUCUGCUAUGACAUGCGUUUUGCAGAGCUUGCGCAAAUCUACGCACAGAGAGGCUGCCAGCUGUUAGUGUAUCCUGGAGCUUUCAAUUUGACCACGGGACCAGCCCACUGGGAGCUGCUUCAACGAGGCCGGGCUGUGGAUAAUCAGGUGUAUGUGGCGACAGCCUCCCCGGCUCGGGAUGACAGCGCCUCCUAUGUGGCUUGGGGACACAGCACCAUCGUGAAUCCUUGGGGAGAAGUCCUGGCCAAAGCUGGCACUGAAGAAAUGAUUCUGUUUUCUGAUAUAGACUUGAAGAAGUUGGCUGAAAUACGUGAGCAAAUACCCAUUUUUAAACAGAAACGAUCAGACCUUUAUGCAGUGGAAACAAAAAAACCUUAAAGUUUGUUUCCAGCAUGUCAUUAAACAGGAAGAUACUUAUCUUUUUGAUAAUGUAUUGAGGAUGUUGGGAAUUGAAUGUAGGGUCUUUCGCAAACUACCUGUAUCCCUCCACUAUUGAAUUUUUAAAUAGACCUUAAAUUUUUUUUCUCUUCCCCAGAGAAUUCUAUUGCUAGAUCCUCAGCAUGCUGACAUUUUGCAUGUUAGUUUGAAAAGAUGGAGGCCAAUGUCAAGGAGCUAAAAGAGGAAGCCUGGCUUUGAAACUUAAAUUGCCAUUCAACAAAGCACAAUUCAUGCAACAAAGCACAAUUCAUCUUGAUCAGUGUCCUCUCUUGGCAGUCUCACCUGUCCCUCCCAGCCCAACCCUCCCCCACUUUUAAUUUUGUAAAAUAUACAUUGAAUUUUUUGCUGCAUUCUUCCUUUUUACUCUCUUCAUCUACCGCCCUCCCCUUGACUCCACUCCAACCCUGUAAAGGCUGUUUAUUGGUGUUUAUCUUGUUGACCUAGGAUUUUGCCUUUUUAAGGAAUUAAUGCUAUUUGAGUUCUUUCCUGAACUUACCAUAUUUCAGUUAAUGAAUAUACACUUGAAGCUUCUUUAUAGUUGUUGCCUCAAGCAGUGGAUAAAAAUGCCAUGUUGGUAUCACAGGCUUGUUUCACCUAAUACCAGCAGGUUUGUGUGAAUCUCUUAUCCCACUCAUUGGAAUUGGAAUCUUUUAUCUGGAGAACCUCCUCUGGAGCUAUCAAUUCUUUAAAAAUACUGUAUGGCUUUUGGAUCCCCAUCUACUGGGAAUCUAGGUGUUAGGUCUUUGGUAUUUGUCAGCAGUGACAGUCUCUUCCCUCCUCACAGCCUUUUCAUAUUUAAGGAGCUAAUGAACUCCUCUCCUGGUCUUGGAGGAAAGGCUGGGUCAACAGUAAGCCCCAUGGAAGAAUGGCACUGGUGACGAUGGAACAAACUAAGUAAAGAUUUGCAGAUUUUCCUGA